AUGGAGGGAUACGCUAAGCUUAUGAUCGUGACAAUGGUGGUAGCUGGUUUAGCCCUUGGGUCCGGACCCAUGGUGGCAAAUGGUCAGAAAGUUUGUGGCAUGAACAAAGAAGGUUUCAAGGCAUGCCAGCCGAGCGUGACUGCCGGGAACCCCAGCCCUCCGCCGCCAUCGGCCGCAUGUUGCAUGGCUUUAAACGAAGCCGACCUCACAUGCCUUUGUUUCUUCAAGAAUUCCAAGUUGAUGAAUGAUUAUGGAAUCGAUUUCAAUCGAGCUAAGGACCUGCCCGUGCAAUGCAAUUUGACCAAAUCUUUCAAUUGCUAG